UCUGGAAGGGUACAGCGACAGGUCGCUGGGAAUGAGCUCCGUCUAAUAUUGAGAAAUUCUGCGAUUAGCUGUUUCACCCGACGUUGCAGCCUGAAAUAGUGGUAGUGUACCAUAAUACAAUGGUACUGCGGGCAGGAGCAACCACUCGGCCCAUUGCGGUCAUCCUGAUGGUAAUGAUAUCUCUACAUAGUGCCGCUGCAGAGGGAAGUUCGCCGCCAUCCAGCAUCCUGAUUAACGUCGAGCUGCCACUGACUGCGGGCCGCAACUGCGAGAUCACGUGCCGCAUUGUGGGGUGGGAGACGUCGCCAAACGUCUCCUGGUGGUUGGGCGAUCAGCGGUUGAUGGACACUAUGGAGGAGAAACUGGUAUCCGAAGAAGGUAACGAGACCGUGUCAAUACUGUUGUUGACGCCACUUCCGGCUGACAAUGGGGAAACCCUCAAGUGCCAAGCUGAGGGCGCAGACGGCAUACUGGAGAAAUCAGUGAAACUUCUCGUCUACUAUGCUCCCAUAGUGUCUAUACAGUUGGAACGUCCCGUGCGAGCCGACGACAUACGAGAGGGUGAUAACGUCGCCUUGACGUGUAAAUUACGGUCAAAUCCGCCCUCGUGGAGAGUGAAAUGGAUGUUGCAGGGUCGCCUGCUAGAGGAAAUUCAUUCUAGGGGACCGCUCAUCCAGUCGUUCACUCUGCGUCUGAACGCCAUCAACCGCACAAUGGCAGGCAAUUACUCCUGCGUCUCAUCCAAUGCAGUUGGAGACACUGAGAGUCCUCCACUGCCGCUGACCAUUAUGCACGAACCAGUCUGCCGAUGGCAGCAUUCUCUGAUGUACACCGUACCCCUUGGUAAACAGUUGGACUUGAACUGUGACGGUGCCGCCGUCCCACCACCAGACCGCUACCGCUGGAUCUUCAGCCGAUCGAUGGAAACAGCGCCGUUCCUGACGCCUACGAGGGACCCCAGUGUGGAGAACAUACCGUCUAUAAAGUGGAAGGGUGGCCCCACAUGGCGAAACUACCAGCUCAAGGAGGACGCGGACUACGGCACCUUCUAUUGCUCGGCUAUAAACGCCUUGGGACAGCAGCAGCGGCCGUGCGUAUUCCAUGUUGUUCCACCAGGAGGGCCGAAAGCUCCGUCCAACUGCUCCGUUGUGAACGAGAAGAGGGACGUUUUCGCGGUGCGGUGCCCAACCGAAACUGACCGUGGAUUCCGCCAGAGCUACCAGAUCGAGAUCUACGACCUCUACACAGGCUACUUGCUGCUCAACAAGACGCAGCUCUCGCCAGUCUUCCUGCUGGGCGGCAUCGAACAGAAUCGACAAGUCACGAUCCGCAUUGCAGCUGUCAGCCCCAGGGGUCGCAGUGAAUGGACAAGGAUAAACAUCGUCGGAGGCUCGUGACACAAGAGAAGUGGAAGUAAGAAUAUCAUGUAGGCGCGGAAGCGGACGUCUUCGGACAUGGAGUCGCACACCCAUCCGACUGCUGUAGUAUCCUGCACCUGCCUAGUUGCCUCGAUUGUGAAUUUACAACAUUACUGGUGUUCUACUUCUGGUAUCAAUGUGACAUCGAAUACAUGAUACCUGGAUAAUAAGAAGACCUCAUUCAGGUUGAGGCGUUCUUAUAUUAUAAUAAUAAGUAUAUAUGUAAUGAGUAAGAGAUUCACACAGCUUUUCAUAAAGAAAUACUAUUUGAAACCAUAAUAAUUUGAAAUGGAAAUAUCUAUUAUUUUGAUGCUAAUUACAUAAUUAUAACUUCAAUAAAGAGAACUAUGAAAAAGUA